CAAAAAGCAGCCUUGCGCAAAGAGCUGCAAACGCACUUAUUUGUGCAUUCCGCACGAAAGAACGUGCGAAAACCCCGUGCUGGUUUGUUGCUAGCACCGGCCGGAGCUCAAAAGCAGCUGCACACACUUGCUCAAAAAGGCUGCCCAUUCGGGCCACCGGCAUCCAUGCUGGCCGCGUGGUGACCGCUGUCCAUCAAUGCGGCGAGUGAGAGGCUGCCCAACAUGAGGCUCCUCCUAUGGUUAGCCGCUGCGACGGCGACGGACGACCGCCGCCAGCUGUCAGCAAGAGACCGGCAGACGACGAAAGGACUCCUACCCAACGAUGUGGAGAGAACGCCGCAGCGCUGGGUCUUCGUACAUAUCCCAAAGGCCGCCGGCGCGUCGUUCAUGGUCGACGCGAGGCACUUCCUGACAAGACGCGACUCGAUCACGGGCUCCGAGGAGAAGGGCGCCUUCUCGCGGACGACGCUAAGGAAGCUCGAGAAUGGUGGUAGGAGGGCCGUCUUGCUGCGACGGCCGCUGCAGCUCGUCUAUUCGCAGUUCCUCUACUGUAAAAACGUUCUGAAAGGAAAAGUGAAGGACUUUCCCGGCCACGGCCAAUCAGAAGCAUGGGCUGGCGUGAAGGAGUGGAGCAAGGGUGCGACGAAGGUGACCGCGGAACGAGGGCCCUUCUGGAAGUGCUACGAUCCUCGCAAUAUACAAUUCCGCUUCGUCGUCGGCGAGGGCAGCGCUUUGACAAACAAGGGCGUGUCUUCCAAAAUAUCCGUGGCCGACGCGUCCAGAAAGCUCGACGGUGAGUUUGGGUUCGUGGGCUUCGUCGAGUUAUAUAGAGAGAGCUUAUGUUUGCUCGGCUGGCGCGCCACAAAGCAAGUGCCGUCCUACUGCCGCUGCGGCGCCGAGGGGCCGCUCUUCGGCGCGAAAUUUCCGCCCACUUCUACCACGCACCGCGAGGCCUACGAUUCAUCACUGGAUAAAGUGCCUUCAUCUGUCCAAGGUUCGCUGAAGAAGCUCGUGGACAGGGAUGAGCUGCUCUACCUCCACGGUUUAUUUGUCUUCGAGCGAGCCGUAAAAGAGACGGGGGCGCAGCUCGUCUGCCCCGGGAAGAUGGAGAGGCUCUGGACUACGGCCUUGCGCGACGCGUGCCGGCCAUCUACAUCACAGUAUAUCCGGGAGCACUACAACAAGUCCUGCCCCGUCGUACGCAAGUCCCUCUCCCAAAAAGCGCUCGACGUUGUUAGUGGGGUCGUGGAGCACGCCCUCGAGGUGCGAACUAGGAACGACCGCGCGAUGAGGCACCUGAAGCACGUAGCGAAGGCGCAUAGUUAAUAGAGGUUAAAGAGCCUAAACGACAGCGCGGCGCCGACGCCGGCCCCAAUCAGCGUGUUGAGGAAGUUGAUGAC